AUGGUUCUGUUCAACCAAGCCGUCUGCCUUGCUGCCGGCUGUGCUUCAAUUGUACCAAAUACCACCGACCCGAUCCCAGAACAGAAGAUAUCCUUUCCGACCAAUGCCACCUGUGGCGAGGUGAACGUCUUUUACACGAACUCGACUAUGUUGGAGCUCGUUAACUUGUUUGAAGAGAAUGUCAAUCAGUAUCGUGAGGCCGCGGCACUGACUCCCUUGGUCUUUAACUGGAGCCCCACCUCGCUCGCUGAGUCUGUCAUCAGGCAUGUGCCUUUGAAAGACGACUGCACCGGAAGGCCUGGAACGCUAUACGCUUACGAGGAAAACUGCCCUCCCGAAUUAUGCGAGAAGACCACGGUGGUUACCUCCGGAAGCCUUGACGAGCUUCUUCAAGGUAUCCCUCGGUGA